AUGCCGUUCCCGGACACGAAGUCCGUACCUGGACACAAAGUCCUAGUCUUAGAGCUUUCUGAAGCAGAUCGGAACCUGACUUCAGAUACGGCAACCCCUGCCGUCCACAGACACGAAACAAUGGAGAAGAGGUGUGAAGAAGAGGUGAAGAAGAAGGACAUAAAGAUAAUCAUGGAGCUAGAUCAGAAAGUGAUGGAUCAGCAGGUCAUGUUGGAGAAGGCGGGAGUUCCGGGGUUCUAUGUCACCAACAAGAGCAUUGACGUCAGACUACAGAUGUAUCUACUGGAGUUCAUCACCAGAAUGGGACACAUGCAGCCGCCUUGA